GCUCAGACAGCGGUUCGCCAGUUAUCCGGCGGACUGCGGAGAACAAAGUUACGCGCCUCUAGUGCGAAAGCUCUCGACACAGUCGCGCCGAUCUUUCGUCUUCUUCGAGCAAUGGUCCAUUGAGGCCGACGUGUCCAUUCGAUCCAAUAGCGAAAAUGGCUUUUCACAGGCACAACAUUGCAAUCCUGAUCGGUUUGAUUGGUGUGGCCUCUGUUCGGUGUGUGAACGAGAAUUUUUUGAAAAUGUUCGAGGGCCAGCAGACUCCGGUCGACCCAUGCUACGACGAGGACCGGCCUCGCAAGUGCAUUCCGGACUUUGUCAAUGCGGCCUUUGGGGAGCAUGUGAAAGCGUCCAGCACUUGCGGCAUGCACGCCCCCGUGCAUUAUUGCGAGGCACCGGAGCCGGGCGCCAGCCCCCAGUGCCACAUUUGCGAUGACCAUCAACCCCGUACCCGAUUCCCUCCGGUCCAUCUCACCGACUUGAACAACCCCAACAACGUCACCUGUUGGAGGAGCGAGCCGCUUCCUCCGGUCACCUCCAUCGAUGCCGCUCCGGACAAUGUGACGCUGACGUUGAGCCUGGGGAAGAAAUACGAGCUGACUUACAUCAGCCUGCAGUUCUGCCCCGAGACGCCCAAGCCGGACUCAAUCGCGAUCUACAAGAGCAUGGAUUACGCGAAAACUUGGCAGCCCUUCCAGUUUUACUCCAGUCAAUGCCGGCGGGUGUAUGGGAGGCCCAACAGGGCCACCAUAACGAAAUCCAAUGAGCAGGAGGCCAAAUGCACCGACGCUCACCGCUAUACGGGAGGAGACUCGUUUGGCUUCGGCCAAACCUCCAGAAUAGCCUUCAGCACUUUGGAGGGCCGUCCGAGCGCGCUGGAUUUCGACAACUCCUUGGUGCUGCAAGACUGGGUGACCGCAACCGACGUCAAAGUGGUGUUCAAUCGGCUUCACAUGCCCGUCGAGGACCUCUCCGACAACCUGGACCUGUUGGUCGACGAAAACAUGUACAACAAGCAACGUUUCGACGAGGAGAAUCUAACGCGCGAACCUUCGGUUCAGCUGGUGAACGAAAUGCAGGCGGCCGAUAAUGAAGCCACCCCAGCCAACAAUAAGGCCUCCGUAUCGGGGGAGGUGACCUCCAAUGGUAUUCAUCGCUACCACCAGGUGACCCACCAAUAUGCAGUGGCGGAUUUCGCGGUCGGAGGACGAUGCAAGUGCAACGGUCACGCAAGUCGGUGCGUGACCGGCGAUGAUGGAAAAUUGGCCUGUGAAUGCAAACAUAAUACGGCUGGACGGGAUUGCGAACGCUGCAAACCCUUCCAUUUCGAUCGGCCUUGGGGUAGGGCCACUGUCAGAGAUGCCAACGAAUGCAAAGCUUGCGAAUGCAACCAGCAUGCUCGUAGAUGCAGAUUCAACAUGGAACUGUACAAAUUGUCCGGAAGAACUUCGGGAGGUGUGUGUCUCAAGUGCCGGCAUUUCACCGCAGGAAGACAUUGCCACUAUUGCCGCGAAGGUUAUUAUCGAGACCCCACUAAGGCCAUUACUCAUCGCAAGGCAUGCAAACCUUGUGAUUGUCAUCCGAUCGGCGCCUCUGGCAAAACUUGCAACCAGCAAACUGGCCAAUGUCCCUGCAAGGAUGGCGUGGUUGGUAUCACUUGCAAUCGCUGCGCUAAAGGAUACCAACAGAGUCGCUCUCACAUUGCUCCAUGUAUCAAAAUACCGGUCGUCCAGAUGAUGGCCACCGAAGAGGACGACGACGGCUAUCCAGAGGAAGAUCCAGAUUCGGUUGCCACUGGAGAUCACUGUGGAAAGUGCAAAGGAGCGACCAAACGACUGAACCUCAACAAGUACUGUAAAAGAGACUAUGCCAUCAUGGCCAAAGUACUGUCCGAAAUUGAAAAUAACGACGAGCACACGAAAGGUUGGACGCGCUUCAUGAUCAACGUGGAAUCCAUCUACAAGAAGUCGCGAGACUCGCGGAUCCGAAAAGGAACCAUGCCCAUGCUGGUGCCGAACACCGACCUGAACUGCAAAUGCCCGAAAAUCAAAACUAACCGGUCCUACCUAUUUUUGGGUAGAGAAAAGGACGAUUCACCCGGAGGAAUAGCGACCGGAAGCUUAGGAGUGACUCAAAGAUCGAUUGUGAUUGAGUGGCGUGACGAAUGGGAUCAAAGGAUGCGCAGGUUCCGUCGCAGAGCCAGAAAAUGCAAGUAGAGCGACCGAUUAACCUAUGAGGAAGAGUUGCGCGCCAACGGUUUCACUGUGAUUUAAUUUAUGUUUAGUUGUUUGCUAAUCGAGAUUUACUGAAUGCCUGAUCUGCAUCGAUGGAUAUUCGAAAUUUUUUCCAAUUUCUCACUUAAAUAGUUGGGUGCAAGACCAGGUUCAGCUCAGCGCUACUGAUGAGGACUAAUAGGUCCGAAACCGGUCCUGGAAGCGCCAGUCUGUCCAAGUUAUUUGGCAGUGACGUCAUUAUUUCAAAUGCUCCAUUGAAAUUUAGUCAUGUUCCGGAUUGGUUUGAGUAUGAGUAUGUAACAGCUUGGGGCAGCCCUUGAUUAACCCUCCUACUAAAAAGUUGCCAGAUUUAGAAAAUUUCUCGACUGUCCAUAGAUGCAGUUCAAAGGCGUGUUCCAUGUAUAGGGGAGCAUUGCGUAAAAUAGCGAUCCAGAGUCCAGUUAUUAAUAAACUUUGGCUUCAGAACAGCCCAUAUUUAUCGAGAAAAAACUCCUGAUUAGAAGCGCUUUAAAUGCAGGGCAACUUCAACAAGCAUAAUUGAUAAUUGCAAUGCUCCUGAUUAAUUUGCAACAGCAUUAAGCAGUAUUCGAAAAGAACAUGGGCCCCUGUUACUUACUGACUAAUUUUCCAACUGUACCAAAUGCAUUUCGUGUCAUGCUGUUAGUUUGAAUUUUGUAAUUUUUGUAUUUUGUACAUAUUUUUUUACAAUUGUUCGCCAUCUGUAGUGAUUUGUUUUUUUGUAUUAUUUAUUUAUUUCCUUUCUAGUGCUAUAUAGGGAAUGAACGGGCGCGAGUGAAUGUGCCGAGUAUUUGUUCAAGUGGCUUAACAUGUUUGUAUAAUAUUACUUGCCAACAACAAUUUGGAGGAAAAUUACCAUUAUAUCCGGUUGCUCGCAAAUAUGCCACUGUUGUCGAAGUUUAAACAUUUUAUUGGCAUUGUUUAAAUGGUUUGAUGAAUGAUUGUGCCACGAUAGCUGAUAACUGAAACUGUACAGUAUUACAAAACAAUUCGCUAACAAAAUAUUCCAUAAUAUGUUACAAUUUGAGGAAAUUAUAUACAUUUGUGUAACAUUAACUAGUUCCUAGAGGCUAUAAUUAAUCUAAAUGUUAUUAUUAUAUAUUCAGGUUCUGGUUAAAAUGGGUAAACUAAUGCAGUGUCCCUUCGAGCUGUAGUUUUCAUCAAUUUCAUUUUCAUACCGCACUCUCUAUUGCUCAUCGAGAUUAUUUACCGUUGACAUGAAAAAGUGGGCCAAACCCGAAAGCGACAUGUAACAUAUCCACGAAAGAAGGGAAUUUUUUGUAAAUUGUCCAGUUUUAACCAUUUUAGUCAGACGAUAAAGUAACCGAGUAGAAAUUAGUGUUUGAUGUUAACAUAUCAAACUAUUUAACGUGUUAUAGCAAUAUCAUGCUCUCUUGUGUCUGCAAAUCAGAAGACUAAAUUAGUAUUAGGUUCAAUUACCCUCCAGUGGAAUUUCGAAUAAGAACCGAUUUGCCUCCAAAACCAUAAAAGCUAUAGACAAAAUAAAUCUCCCCUGGAUCUUGCAUGACGACGGUGGCUAGAGUGUACUAUUUAAACACCUUUCAUGUUAUUGUAGAAUUAAGCAAAGAAAAUUAGUCACAAUUAUUAUUAAUGAUUAUAUUAUAUUAUCGACUAAUUGUAAAUUUUUUGUGUACCUAAUGACUUAUUGUGUAAUAAAAUUAAAUAUGUA